AUGGGUAGUCACAAAAAGAAGACGAAGCUAGUGAAGCCCCAAGAAAAGGUUAAGAGCUUUGUAGAGCCAUGGCCAAAUCUUCCUAAACAACUCCUCAAUUUUAUUGGAAGCCAAUAUCCUGAUCUAAUGCAAAGCAUCGUUUUUAGUGGUGUUACUAAAUCAUGGAGAGCAGCACCUAAGCAAUGUAGUGCCAACACACUAUUACCAUGGCUUGAAAUUUCCGACAAAGAUUACUACCAGUCCAAGACUCAUCAAGAGCAUAAUUUCAACAUCUCAUUUAAACCAGGUAUAUAUUGGUGGUGCUGUACUAAUAGAAGGCCAUGGGAUAAUGUUUGGACCCAUUUUCAUGGUUGUUCACAUGGAUCGAUUGUCGCUGGAGGGAAGGAUCCUGCAAAUUACUGUCUCUUGGUUCCUGGUCCAAGGAACGCUGGUCGGGGUAUUCCCCCUUGGGAUGCCACGAUUCCAUUUAAGUUCGCAACUUUGUCUUUUAAUCCUUCCAAUAAUUGUAAGAUCCUCUCUGUGAUGGUGCUAACAGGCUGUUCCUAUCCACUUUUUGUGGUUUGUCCUCCGGAAUAUCCAUUGAAAUGGAUGAAAGAAACAAGCAGCCUUGUCGAUCCGAAUUGUUCAAAAAGACAACUUAUGAGCCUUACUAACGCCAUCGGCUUGAAAGGGAAGUUUUAUGCAUUAAGUUUGCAGGGUACUUUAGCGGUUAUUGAAGAAAUUGAAUCUAAGUUUCAAGUCACUAAAUUAAGCAGAAGCCGCGCUGUUCCAUCGGUUUUCUCAAAACACUUCACAGAGUAUCUUAUUGAAUCCAAUGGAGAGAUCUUGUUGAUUUUCUUGAUAUCAGAACAAUCAAGUAGGAAGGUGGACAAAGUGGAAGUGUUCAAGCUCCAGAUGGAUGACCUAUCAUGGUUAAAAGUGGACAACCUCGGAGAUAGAACAUUGUUCGCAGGGACUAAAUGUUGUAUGUCAGUUACUGCAAGUCAACUGGGCUGCAGAAGCAACUGUGUCUAUUUCAAUGAGCAUACCACUAAUACUUGGCGGCUUUAUGAAAUGGAAAGUGCUACUAUUUUUCCCUGUUUUGAUUAUUAUGGUUGUCAAACAAAAAGUCCAGCAUGGGAAGAGCAAAUAGUGGAGAACAAUUUCUUGUAA